UGGUGUCUGCCUCCCAGCGCGCGCGCGUGUGUGUUUGCGCGUGGGUAUAUUUGGAGGGAGAAAAGAGAUAAAGAGAGAGAGAGAGUAAGGGAGGGAAGCAGCGUUUUCUUCUUCCCCCGUCUCCCUGCUCCCUGUCACUCCAUCCUUCCUCCCCUCUCCUGGACCUACAGCCCUGCUUUCAGUCGGACGGAGCCCCCCCCACCCCCCACCCCUACCCCCACCCCUUACCACUCAGACCACUCCCGGGACCCUUCUGACUCUCCUCAUUUCUCCGUCCCACCAACCAGAAACCUCUGAGCAGGAACCGCUCCACCUCUCCUCUCCUCUCCCCUGGAGCGCUGCCUGUCGACAACUCAACGGCACCCUGUCCCCCGGCCAGACGUGCGGUCUCCCCAUUCUGCUGGAAGGCUGCCAGCCACAGGUCACAUGACCUGGAAGAGAAAACCUGGGAGACUUUUGGGACCCCUUUUCGGUGAUUGGCUGGCUGGAAUACCACCCUCCCCCUUUGCCUUCUGAGGACAUCCCAUUCCAGGACGGUGCUUUGGUCUCACUCCCUCCCCACCCCUGCCCCCCCAGCAUGGAGCCCAUCAAAGUCCAGUCAGAUGGUGGCCUCAACGUCACGCUUUCCAUCCGCCUCCUCAUGCAUGGAAAAGAGGUUGGAAGUAUAAUUGGAAAGAAAGGGGAAACAGUGAAGAAGAUGAGAGAAGAGAGCGGAGCACGAAUCAAUAUUUCUGAGGGCAGCUGUCCUGAGAGGAUUGUCACCAUCACUGGACCAACAGACACCAUCUUCAAGGCUUUUGCUAUGAUUGCCUACAAAUUCGAGGAGGACAUAAUCAAUUCCAUGAGCACCAGCCCAGCAACCAGCAAGCCCCCCGUCACCUUAAGGCUCGUGGUGCCCGCCAGUCAGUGCGGCUCCCUCAUCGGCAAAGGAGGCUCCAAGAUAAAAGAAAUGAGAGAGUCCACAGGGGCCCAGGUCCAGGUGGCGGGGGACAUGCUGCCCAACUCCACAGAACGUGCAGUGACGAUCUCUGGGACCCCAGAAGCCAUCAUCCAGUGUGUCAAACAAAUCUGUGUGGUCAUGCUGGAGUCUCCACCAAAAGGUGCCACUAUCCCUUACCGCCCAAAGCCCGCCUCCACCCCAGUCAUCUUUUCUGGUGGCCAGGCCUACACAAUUCAGGGACAAUACGCCAUUCCACAUCCAGAUCAGUUGACCAAGCUCCACCAUUUGGCUAUGCAGCAAACCCCCUUUACCCCUCUCGGACAGACCACCCCUGCUUUCCCUGGUUUGGAUGCCAGUCCACCCGCCAGCACCCAUGAACUCACCAUUCCCAACGAUCUAAUAGGCUGCAUCAUUGGACGCCAGGGAACCAAAAUAAAUGAGAUUCGGCAGAUGUCUGGAGCGCAGAUCAAAAUUGCGAACGCCAUAGAGGGCUCGUCAGAGCGCCAGAUCAGCAUCACAGGGACUCCGGCUAACAUCAGCCUAGCUCAGUACCUCAUCAAUGCCAGGUUCAGGGACGUGGCUGCCAUGUGGAAUGACCCCUCAUCCAUGACUUCAUCCUGAAGUUACCCCGAAUCUGCUUCACAAUGAACCUCUUUGUGUUUUCCCAUGAACUUCCCCUAGACUCCUUUGGUAUUGGAGAAACACUUUAGCAUUAGCCUGUUGGAGAAAAGUUAGACUAACACUGGGAUUUGUUUUAAAUGGAUGUAGCCAGUGUAUUGUUAAUAGUUUGACAUUUUGGGAUUUUCAGAUAUUGUUAUUUUAGCUUUGAAUGAGAUCAAUACCACUUUCAUGUCUGUUAAAUAUGAAACUAUAUAAAUAAUAAAUACUGAGAUUCUGCUCAUGCUGGCCGUCGACCCAUACUUCCAGGUUUUAAGCUAUGCUAACGGAAGCUAUCCAUCUCCUGGCUUUAGUGCGCAUGCAUGGGAGUGGUAUCCUCAUCUUACUGCGAGAGAAGGACGAAGCGCAUUUCCCAAAAUGUUCAAUUAUUCCUUUCAGUAGACUCUUCAUUUAGCAUGCGUCAUUUCAAUAAUAAUAUUGUAUUUAUUUUUGUCGUUCGUAUAAUCGAUCCAUUUCCCUGUGUAGUCCAAUUGUGUCAUUGUCCGGAAAGAGUAAAAUGAAUAAAAAAAUGUAAAAUGAACAAAAAAGCAAAGAAAAAUAGACAAAAACACACGACUGCCACGAGAGCAAUGCUGUCAGAAAGAAAUGCGAGGCCUGUCAGGGAAUGCAGAAAUGUCUACAAAUCUCAUUUUCCGUCCACUGCAUGGCUUCAUGAAAGGGGGGGGGGGGGGGGUUCGUGUUGCAUUGGUUAUGUUGGCAUAUUUUUUCGAAAGUUCUAUGUGAAAAGGGUACAAUGGAAAAAUAUGGUAUCAAAUCUGUGCCCGAAUUUUUUUGCUGGCAACAGUUUUUUCUGUCGUUGCACAAAACCAGCCGCAGCAGCAUAUUCUUUCACUUUCAAGAAAAAGUUCUUCUGUUUUAUUUUCUCUGUCUGCCUCCUCACAUCCCCCUCUCUCCUCCUCCCCCGGCUCCUCCCUCUCCCCCCCACCCCACCCCGCCUUCCCUGACCUGUCCGAGGCUGACGUCUGAAGUCACUGGAAUGGGCACACUCUAAUAUCCGACCCAUCUUCCCUCAGUGCAUCACAUGACCUUUGAGUGAACGGCAUUGCACUUAGCACAUUUAUUUCUCUGUACUUGAUUGAUGAUUUCUCAUAUUUACUAUAUGUGUACCCUCACUGUAGCUAGGAUGCUUCACACCUCUGUCCCUGUGGUUUCCGCUCCUGAAAGGUCGCCUUACUUUUUUUGACACUAGUACCUUUCAUGGCAUCUCACCUCUUCGUGUUUCACCACGUCACGUCUCUUUUCUUUCUUGCACUGGUGGCACCCGAAAGUAAACGCAAAGGAAACCUAAAGAAUAGGAACCGAGUGCGUCUCUCAUGCACCCCACGUUCUACUUCAUGUAUUAACACAAAAGGUUCACAUAUUUAUCCCAUAUUAAAAAUGCUACCGUACCAUUGUUAAUGCAUAACUAAACAAUUCAUUUUUAGUUUCUUUCACAUUGAUUUUUUUAAAUGAUGAAAUAAGAAAUAAUCGGUGCACCUGCAGUCUGAUGUAUCGGUCCUACACUCUAGAUUUAUCUGCAUGACAACUUACUGCACUUCGAACAGUCUUCGGAUCUGACAAAUGAAAACAGGGAAAAAGAUUUACAGUGAAGAGUGAAAUCCAAGUGCAUGUUAUAAAUAAACCCCACUUUAUUCACCUAUACGCCACAAACAUAAUUCAAUGUAAUCAUGUUGUUCAUGCUGCCACCUCGUAACUGCUUUCCAUCAGAGUCAUCCGAUAGUUUGCUCAGCAAGCGUUUCUGGUUUGCAUGUCUAAAUUAUUGGAGACAUAUUUUCCUUCCAUAACGACCAACAAUAGACCAAUUUAAGGUCAGUUCAUCAAAUUACGUACAUUCAAGGCUUACAUAUACAUUUAUGAACUAGAACGGGCACUCGGUAGAGCGCAUACCUUCGCAUAUCACAAGAUUGGGCAUUGAAUUAUGAACAUUUUGGCAUUAGUUGCAUGCCAAUUGGAUAAAAAUUGGAUACAAAUCUUUUUACCUUCUAUGGUAAAAAGAAGAUUUUGACCUUUUCAUGACCUUGACCUUUGACCCGAUCGAUCCCAAAAUCUAAUCAAAUGGUCCCCGGAUAAUUACCAAUCAUCCCACCAAAUUUCAUGCGAUUCGGUUUAAUACUUUUUGAGUUAUGCGAGUAACACGCAUACAAAUAAAUAAACACACGGCGAUCAAAACAUAACCUUCCGCAUUUUCAAUGCGAAGGUAAUGAUGUAAGAUAUCGAAUACAAACAGUUCCCGUCUGUUCUUCAAAGAAUGUAUGGCCUCAUUAAUAUCUGCAGCUCUCAUUUUAAAAUGUAAGCUAUAAGAUCUAAAGGGACAUCUCUAUCUAUCACUUCAAAGUCAAACUGGAUAGUACUCCAGGAAGUAUUAUGAUUAAUCUCAUGACUUUGUUUUACGGAUGGCAGGACGCUUCUAUUCAUAAUCCACCGUAUUAUAAUAGAAUUCUACAUUUUACUCCCGAUGUCUGGAUAUGCAUUACUCCGAUGAUAACCAGAGAAAUGUUUGGUGAAUAUGAUUUGCCUCAUUUCAGUUUAGGCUCAGGCACUUUUGAGAAUCGCUAAUAUGUCCGUUUGGAGUAAGCCAUAUGUUGAUGUUGUUUAAACAAGGCUGCUUUACAUUCAUACAUUUCGACACGGUUUCACAUUUACAUUAUAAAUGUAAAUCGGUACAUCAGCGCUCUGCAUCUGAAUGUGUUUCAGACAGAAACUGAGAAAUAGCUGACUGAGGGCGAACUGGUUUUUAAUGUUUCAUUUUAAAACGUCCCAUCAUCUGCAGAACCUGAUCAUGAAAGUAGUUACAUUUUUUCUUUUAAGUGCACAUUAAUGUUUUUCAUAUGUUAAAUGUGCCUGCUGGUUGUGUGCAGGCAGGGCAGCCAUGAUGCAGUUAUGUUACUUUUACACUAUUUUUGUUGUUGUUGAUUUUCAUAAGUUUCAUAAUCAUGGCAUCGCUCAUGUGCUCAUCAUUCUACGAUGCCGUCUAGGUCAACUCCCAUUGUGUUGUUUUUAUAAUGUUACCGAUACAUUACCACUUUUUUAUGUUAAUGUGCUAGAGCAGCAACAAAUAAAGGCUAUAGCUCAUAUGAUGCUAUUUGAGGAAAUGUGUUUGAUCAUGUUUAAGUUUGAUCAUUUGCUUCUUGAAGGUCUGAUAUGGAUUCAUUAUUUAUUGAGAUUGAUUAUAAAAUGUUUUGUAAAAAGAAGAAAAUAAAGUUUGUGUUUUUCUUCCCUCGA